AUGCCGGCACAAAAAAUACUGCUUCUAGGCCCAGCAGCUGGCCGCCUUCGCGCAUUGGUCGAGAAAGUAACAGCCAUUGAAGCCAAGCAUGGUCCUUUUGUCGCUGCUUUCCUUGUAGGCGACGUAUUUGAAAAGGGCGAUAGCUUGGAUGACGAUGAAACGGCACUUCUCGAUGGGUCUUUGAAACUGCCUAUCCCUACCUAUUUCUUCUAUGGCACACAUAUGCCGGACGACGUGCAGUCCAAGCUAGAGGCCAAGUGUCCUGAACGAGCAGGCUUGGUACAGCUAGUUCCCAAUUUGACGUACAUGGGAAGUGCUGGUUUAGCUGUAGUCCAUGGCUUUCGCAUUGCGUUCUGCGGCGGUGUGUCCCUGGCCGCUCCACCAAUGGGAUCAGAGAGCCACGACGCAACGAGGGCGCCAGAGAUCGACUGGCACGCCUCCUUGCCUGUCCGUGCUGACGCCGUGGAGAAGACCAGUACAUGGACGCCUUUGGAUACCCCGGCCGCCGUGACAAAGGCCGUUCAUCAUAUGCUAUCUCAUCCAGCCAUGGCACUAGGUGAAGCGCGUGCACCCCCGCCACCUUCCGAUCCAGAAAGUUUACAGCAAGCACGUUCCUUCCAGUAUGCGCAGGCCGCGUACGAAUUUCAGCUGGAGCGUGACGCCGAGGUGCUACAAGCGCGGCCGCCCGUGGACUUUUUGUUGACCACCUCAUGGCCCCUUGGCAUUGAUGUGCUGGCCCAGGCGCCUCCAAGCAACGCUGCCGUAUGGGGUCAGCCAGCUAUAGCGCGCCUCGCGGAAGCUGCACGCCCACGAUACCAUGUCGUGCAUGCGCCGAUCCACAGCGCUGAGCCUGGCGUGUUUUGGGAGCGGGAACCGUACGAAAAUCCGCCCUUUGCAGCUUUGCCGCCGCCCAGUGUGCCACCCAUUACGCGUUUUGUUUCAUUAGCGACGGCAGCCAAUGCCAGUAAAGUGCGUUGGUUCCUCGCACUGCAAUUGGCACCAGCUGAUGAGGUCACGACAGCAGCGCGACCCAGCCCGCUCACGCCUUCGCCGUUGUGGAUGGUCGCUUCGGAACCGCCUUCCCACAAAAAAGGCAGCGCAAAACGAGUGCAUACAGGUGAAACAGAACGUUCGGGCGCACGACCACGAAGGCAGAGACGCACCGAAGCGCCUGUUGGGCCUGAUCAGUGUUGGUUCUGCCUCAGCAAUCCUGCUGUGGAGAAGCAUUUGAUUGUGGCGGUGGGCAUGGAAUGCUACGUGGCUCUACCGAAAGGGCAGCUGCCAGUCUCGUCGGACGAACAUACCUUGGUGCCAGGGGGUGGACAUGUGCUCAUUGUGCCGAUCAUGCAUACACCGUCUUUGUAUGCCUCCGCCUCGAGCGAGGCCGUUCGGCAUGAAGUGGCAGCGUGGAAAGCUGCGCUUACAUCGUGCUAUGCGUCGAUGGACGCUGUACCUGUAACUUGGGAGGUCGUGCGACGUGGCACGCGGGCGGGCCAUACGCAGACCCAAGUCGUGCCGAUUGCUCGUGAGCUAGCGGAGGCCUGUGAAGCGUACAUUCGGCAAGCAGGGGAAGACGCUGGGUAUGCAUGGGAAGCGCCUUCGGUGGCGGACGUCUGGUCCCACGAGGAUGCCCCCGUCUCGCCCCAGGACCGGGAAGACUACUGCUGCAUCGAGAUCGAUGGUCGGCGGCUUUUGUUGUUGCUACAUGGCACGCGAUUUAAUAUACAAUUCCCACGGGAGACGUUGGCCGCCUUUCUAGAGAUGCCGGAGCGCGGCGACUGGCGUUCGUGUGUGCGCGCGCCAGAAGUGGAAGAAGCAGAAUGCAGCCGCCUGUGA